AAGACGGUGGAGGCGGAAGUCCAAGAUGGCGAUGGACGGGAUGAUGUCCACGUCUCCGGGUCUGUCUUACCAAACUGCGGGGGAUUUUUAUCCCAGAAAGUUCGGUUCGAAGCCGGACGUGGUUCCGUCCGGGGUGACGGAGCGGAAGGUGGUUCCGCUGGAUAAACCGGAUAUGGUGUCGGUGGACGUCAUCAACAUCAAGGAACCAGAUGUUCCUCUGCACAGGAAGAAGCACGAACACGACGCCUCCGUCCUGGGGACGAUCCAUCCCUUCAGGAAGACGCACAGAUCCGUGAUCGGGAAGCUCCUGCAGGAGUUCCGGCUGGUUUCCUCGGACAGACGGUCGUGGAGGAUCCUGCUGUUCGGAGCGCUCAACCUGCUGUGCACCGGCUGCCUGCUGCUGUGGUGCAGCUCCACCAACAGCAUGGCUUUAACUGCCUACACAUAUCUCACCAUCUUCGACCUGUUCAGUUUGAUCACCUGUCUCAUCAGCUCCUGGGUGACGAUGAAGAAGCCCAGUCAGGUCUACUCAUUCGGGUUUGAAAGGUUGGAGGUUUUGGCCGUUUUUGCCUCUACUGUCCUGGUCCAGCUGGGAGCUCUGUUCAUCCUGAAGGAAAGUGUGGAGCGCUUCGUGGAGCAGCCGGAGGUCCACACAGGGCGGCUGCUGGUCGGGACGUUCGUCGCUCUGUUCUUCAACCUGCUGACUCUGCUCUCCGUCAGGAACAAGCCCUUCUCCUACGUCUCUGACGCGGCCAGCAGCAGCUGGCUCCAGGAACACGUGGCCGACCUGAGCCGCAGUCUGUGCGGCGUCGUUCCGGGUCUCAGCAGCGUCCUGCUUCCUCGGAUGAACCCGUUUGUCCUCAUCAACCUGGCCGGAGCGACGUCCCUCUGCGUCACCUACAUGCUGAUAGAAAUCAAUAACUACAACGCGGUGGACACGGCGUCGGCCGUCGCCAUCGCCCUCAUGACCUUUGGCACCAUGUAUCCCAUGAGCGUCUACAGCGGCAAGGUGCUGCUGCAGACCACGCCGUCACACAUCAUCGGCCAGCUGGACAAGCUUCUCAGAGAGGUGUCGACUCUGGACGGCGUCCUGGAGGUCCGGAACGAGCAUUUCUGGACCGUUGGGUUUGGGUCUCUGGCUGGCUCCGCCCACGUCCGGAUCCGGCGGGACGCCAACGAGCAGCUGGUUCUGGCCCACGUCACCAACCGGCUGCUGCCGCUCGUCGCCACGCUGACCGUCCAGAUCUUCAAGGACGACUGGACCCGCCCCCUGCUGAGCGGCGUGCUGUCCUCCCCGGCCGCCACGCCGCCGCUGCCGGUGGCCCCUGAAGGCUACGCCGCCUCCUUCCCUCCGGUUCUGUACGGCUCAGCGGGAGGCCAGGAGUUCGACCCGCUGACCUCCACGCCCUCCAAGCCCAGCAGCCCCCCGCCGGAGUUCUCCUUCGACACGCCGGGCCGGAACGUGGCGCCGCUGGUGCUGCCCGCCCCGGGCCAGCACGCCCACCGGCCCUUUGAAGGCCUGGGACUUUCCUACGGGGCGCCGCCGUACGCCGGGAUGCUGGGGGCGGGGCCCGGGGCGGGGCGGGGCCCGGCGCCGGGCCUGGGCGCCGGGUUCGGACUCCCCUCCUCCCACAGUUACAGGACUGCCUUUGCUGGCUCAACGCCGCCGCUCCGGUUUGGAACCAGCAACCCUGCUGCGCCUCAGUCCCAGUACAGACACUAUCAGCCCUGACUGACUCAGAACCUCAUCCAGACACGUUGAGGGGAAACUGAACGCGUCUGGAUGGAGAGAAACAUUCAGGAUUAUUUAUUCAGACGGAAACGGGACCAGCAGCAUUCGGCCGUUAGCCGUUAGCUGUUAGCAUCGGUUCGUAACGGGAACCACUGGGGGGUAAAACCAGUCUGGGUGUGACUGUAACGGUUCAAGCAUCAUAUAAAUGCUUAAUUCUAAAUAAAAUCUUUUUAUUUUGAA